AUGGAAAAAAAAAACAGGUUUUCAAGUAUAAUUAAAAUUUUUACAUUUGUCCUUCUAUUUUGCACAUCCCAUUGCUAUAACCAAAAAAGUACUUAUAUUAAAUCGUUAGAAGGAAAAGUAAACUUAGAAAAUACAUUAACUAUUAGAGCUAUACGAUUAUUGUUAUCAGAAAAUAAAUUAAAAGAGAACAACUUCACAGAGAUAAAUUUAAAACAGCGUAGACAAAAUAAUGAAAAAGUUGAAACAUUAGUAGGGGAAUUAGAAAGUACGUAUGAAAAAAAUUCAGAUAAUCAAGGUAAGGUCAAUAUACUUAAAAAACUAGACGAAUACCUAGAGGAAAAAAUAUUCAAUUCUUUAACUUAUAUAUAUAGUUAUUUUAAUAAAAAUGAAAAGGCCAGAAAAAAAGAAAAUUUUAAGGGAGUACUUAAGUAUAUAAUUUUAUUGAAUCUCCCAUCUGCAUUAGUUUCUUUACUUGGAUUUCUCUUUUAUAUAGGAAAAGAUAAUACAUUAUUACUUUCCUUGGGCACUGCAGCUUGUAUUGUUAUAAAUUUACUUAUGAUGAUAUAUGUUUUUUUGAAAAAUUUAAAAUAUAAGGCUAUACAAGCAGGUUACAAAAAUCCUUCUUUUAAAGUAUAUAUUGGUUUCAUAAAAAAAAUUUUUAAAUUAUAA